ACUGCGACUAACAACUAGUGAAGCAUUCAGAGCUUCUGACAGGAUGUAAGAUUUCGAGAAUUUUCUGCGGUCUCAGCUCGCUCAGCCUCAGAAGGGCAGAAUGGAGAUCAGAAUAGAGUGACACUCUGGAUUUGGACCCAGGCUUUCUCGGCGAGUGCUUUCUUGAAUAAUUGAUCCUACGGUUGAAAAUGAGGAAGGCAGCGCUCAUGGUUUGGAUCAGCCUUUUGGUGCAAGGUCAGCCCUGCAUGAUGAAUCAGUUUGAUGCUUAUAUUGUCCCACGGUGCCCAGGGUCAUUAUGCCCGCAAACUUCUGAAUGACCUGAUGGAGGACUACUCCAACGCUCUGAGACCUGUGGAGGACACAGACAAAGCCCUCAAUGUCUCGCUGCAGAUCACACUGUCACAGAUCAAAGAUAUGGAUGAGAGGAACCAGGUUCUAACCACGUACCUGUGGAUCAGGCAGGUCUGGCAUGAUGCCUACUUGAAGUGGGAAAAAGAGGACUAUGAUGACCUGGAGAUGAUCAACAUCCCCAGCGAUCUGGUUUGGAAGCCGGACAUUGUCCUCUACAACAAAGCAGAUGAGGAGUCAUCGGGUCCAUCCAGCACUAAUGUAAAACUGCGCUAUAAUGGAGAGAUCAUCUGGGACUCCCCAGCCAUCACAAAGAGCACGUGUGUGGUGGACGUCUCUUACUUCCCCUUCGACUGGCAGCAGUGCAACCUCACCUUCGGCUCCUGGACCUACAAUGGCAACCAGGUAGACAUCAGUUUGGGCAUGGACAGUGGAGAUCUGUCCGACUUUGUGGAGAAUGUGGAGUGGGAGUGCCAUGGCAUGCCCGCAGUUAGAAAUGUUAUGAUGUAUGGCUGCUGCUCUGACCCUUACACCGAAAUUACCUACACCCUGCUCCUGAAGCGCCGCUCCUCUUUCUACAUCUUCAACCUACUCCUGCCCUGCUUCCUCAUCUCGUUUCUCGCCCCGCUGGGUUUCUACCUGCCAGCCGACUCUGGAGAGAAGGUUUCCCUUGGGGUCACGGUGCUGUUGGCUCUCACUGUGUUCCAGUUGCUGGUGGCUGAGAGCAUGCCUCCCGCAGAAAGCAUGCCCUAUAUAGGGAAAUAUUACAUCGCCACUAUGACUAUGAUCACAGCCUCCACCUCUCUCACCAUCUUCAUCAUGAACAUUCAUUUCUGUGGUGCUGAGGCCAAGCCAGUCCCUCACUGGGCUAAAGUGCUCAUCAUCGACUACAUGUCCAAAAUCUUCUUUGUCUACGAGGUGGGGGAGAACUGCACUACACCAGAGAGCGAGAGGACCCCACUGUACCCCGAGGAACCCAUGAGCGAUAAAGGCUGCUACCACGAUGACCGUUUUCACGAUGGCAUCUACCACCACGACAGUGAACCGUACAAGUAUAGCAACGGCCACAGUGUGCACCACAACAAUAAGCAUCACAAAAACCAGGCGAACGGCACUGCCAACAACAGGAAUCAUCAUUAUAACAACCACAACAACCACGCUUCCAGACUGGAGAGGGGUGAGGCAAAGAAAGAGCAUACACAGCGAUACCACCACAUCAGGCGGGAUGAACUGGACUACCAGGCCACUCCUCAUCCAAGAACUCUCCAGCACCUCAAUGGGGGUAUGAAGGAGCAGUUUCUGUAUCCCACAGAGAAACCUCAAGUCCCAGCCUGCCCCUGCUGUUGCCCCUGCCUCCAACAUAAACAGGUGGUAAAGAACAUCCAGUACAUCGCUAACUGUUUCCGUGAGCAGAGAGCUACAUGUGUCAAGGCAGCAGAGUGGAAGAAAGUUGCCAAGGUGAUGGAUAGGUUUUUCAUGUGGAUCUUCUUUGUCAUGGUCUUCCUCAUGAGCAUCCUCAUCAUCGCCAAGGCCUCCUGACAGCCUCUUCCUCUUCACCUUCAACAUUCAUCCUCCAUCACUGCUGGAUCUAAGUGUUACUCCAGACUCACCUCAUUUCUACUUUAACGCAACAUCAGAUAAAUCGAAACAGUUUUGUCUACAAGGAGAUUACAUUUGAUAUGUCAGUAUUGUGUUGCUUGUAUGUGUGUGUGUUUGUGUAGGUUGUUUUUUUGUUGUUGAUGUUUUGCUUUGACAUAAAGAGGACAAGGUCACUGUACACAAAUCAUCCAUUUAACUACAGACGAGUACACAAAGAAAUUCAUCAAAGCCUCUCGGUUAGUUAACGUCAGGUGUGCUUGCAUGUGUCACGGAGCAGUGGAGCGGUAAGACAAUAUAGGCUUCGCCUUCAACAUGCAUAGACUCUCCAUUAUUGAUGAGCUAACAGUCAGACGUCCAGCUAUAGGCAUUACAUUGCUUACAUGACAUUUUAGGCAAGGUAACAAUGAGAGCACCAGCUGAAUAGCCUAAAAACAACCUUCUGUAUGAUCAAAAACAGGGCAAAGGUCGGUGACACAGUCUACAGGCAGUAACUAAGUUCUCAAUCACCCAUGCCCUUAUAACUGUCAAACCAGGUAAAAUGGGGAGGGGGUGUGGUUCUCUUGUCAGGUGAGUUCAGUUUACAUAAGUUGUGAAUACUUGAAUUUGAGACUUCAAGUGAAAGGAUGAAUGUUUUCUUUUCUUUAAAAAGAUCCCUCACUUUUUAGUCCAACACUUGGACCUCGCAGCCUGCCUCCACUGAAUGAGGGGAGGAUAUACUCUACAUAUUGACUAACUUAUACUUUGCAUAUUGGUCAAAAAAAAAAAAAAAAAAAGUUUUUC